CUGAAAGAUCAAGGAGUCGAUCAACAUUACAUCAAGAUCCUCCAAAAAUGCUACGAGGAGUGUUCCACCAACAUCACACCAUUCUUCAAAAAAGUAAAAAUCCCAAUCUCAAAAGGAGUUCGCCAAGGAGACCCAAUCUCUCCGAAUCUAUUCUCCGCGAGUAUUGAAGGAGUUUUCCGCUCCACAAAUUGGUCAGAUUGUGGAAUAAGCAUAGAUGGUAGAAAGUUAAACCACCUUCGAUUCGCUGAUGAUGUCGUUCUGAUCUCACACACCCCGCAUCAAGCUUCGAGAAUGUUGAAAGAAUUGGUCCAGGAAAGCGCAAAAGUUGGCCUAAAAAUCAAUGAAGCCAAAACAAAAUCAAUGAGAAACCGAUUUGCGCUCACCCGCCCAAUUGAAAUCGGAAACAAAACCAUUGAAAAUGUCGAUGAAUAUAUUUAUCUUGGCCGACAAUUAAAUCCUCAAAACGAACUCCUGCCGGAAAUCCACCGAAGAAGAAGAGCUGGCUGGGCUGCUUUCAAAUCCAUCGAAAAAGCAACCGACGCCAUCACUUGCCAAAAAACCAAAGCAAACUUAUUCGAUCAAACGGUUCUACCCGCCCUUUGCUAUGGUUCAGAGGCAUGGACCCUCACAAAAAAGAAUUCAGAAGCUCUUCGAGUCUCCCACGCGGCAUUGGAAAGAAGAUUAGUUGGCAUAACACUCAGCGAACAACGUGAAAGAAAUCUCCACCGCGAAGACAUCCGGAAGCUAUCGCAAGUCAAGGAUCCACUUUGA